CGUCCCGGGUAACGGGUGUAGCUGGUAACUAAGCCCGGCGCUGGGGGAAGGAGGCGGCGGCGGCGGCCGAGCUGCCCCUGCCCCUGCCCGGGGGCCAUGGACGCGGCGCACCGAGCUGCGCUCCUCACCGCCUCCUGCCUCAGGACGCCCGUGAACCCGCGCACCAGGGCGCCGCUGGCUCUGUACGAGCGGGAGAGGCGCCCGCCGGCCGCGGCGGAGCAGCAGGAUGAUUUUGACUUGGACUGUAAUACUGAGAGACAGCAAAGCCCCACUCUAAGUGGGGACUGCGAGGACUGGAUAGACUUUCCCAAAAUGUGCCACUCAAAUCAGGAAUAUUACUUGAAGCUGGAAGAGCUGAAGAAUGCCCACCUGGAGACAAUGGCAAAACUGGAAAACAUGUAUCAGAAUAAGCUGCAUUUGAAAGGAGUACAGCCCCUGGACAAUAAGGAUGCUGCUCCUAGUUUGUGUUAUAGAUCAAUAUGGGAUAAGAGCUCAUUUCGGCCUCUGAAUUUGCAUAAAUCUUUUUCUGAGCCCGACUUAAAUGAUCUAUCCUAUUCAAGUUUAUCUGAUGGGUCUGAUGCAGAAUUAGAGUUGGAAGAAGAAAAUGGUAGUGAAACUGAGUCACUGACAUUUGCUAAAGAGCAGAUCGAAAAAAUGUGGGAUGGGUUUUCUGUGGAGGACUAUGUCUAUCACACUAAACGCAGCUUACCAAAUUCACCAACAUUCAGAAUGAUGGGGAAGAAGCAGAAAGAGUGGUCACCAAAGGUCACUGUGCCUAAGCCUUUCCAGAUGACUAUUCGAGAAGCUAAGAAAAAACAACAAAAUGUCAAAUCAAAGUCACAAAUAGAAAUGGAAAAUAAUUUAUUGAAGAAACAUCUAGAGGAAGAAGCAGAGUGUCAAAAGAAAUUCAGAGCCAAUCCUGUGCCUGCUUCUGUCUUCCUUCCGCUCUAUCAUGAAAUAAUGGAAAGAAAUGAAGAACGCAGGAAGUUUGUGAAAGAGAGAAGCAAAGAUAUUCUUUUGGCCUCUCAGAGACCAUUUCAGUUUAUCAAGAGGGAGGAGCAAAGGAAAGAAAUUAGGAAAAUGCAAUUAAAAGACCUUUCAUUGCCUGAAAAAAAAACAAAAUUAUUCCAAGCAAAACCUGUCCCUAAAUCUGUUUACAGUCCAGCCAUUAAUGAUAAGUUAAAAGAAGAAAAGCUGUAUAGAGAAAUUAGGAUCCAAAUGAGAGCUGAAGAGUUGCUACGUAAUUCUUCUCUUCCCAACAGCAGACUGGCUAGUAGAACUAUCAAUAAACAGAGGAAACAAAAAGAAGAACUGGAGCAUAAACGAAGGAUCAAAUCUAGGGUUCCAGACUUUGAAACACUACAUCAAAAAUUCCAGAAUAGGCUCCUAAAACAGAAACAUGUGAAACAUAUCACAGUUUGUGAACCUUUCAAUCUUCGUACUCACGUAUCCUCCAACAAAGGGAAGAUUCUGCAGGACAUUCAAACAGAUGAAGAAACAUUAAAAGAAACACGCUGGCCAUACGCCUCCCCAAGAUGCAAACCUCGAAUGAGGUGUUCAAGUGCAAAUUCAUCUCCCUUGGGACGUGAGGAAUCUAAAUCUCCAAGAAUCACAGAGUCUACCAAAAGACGAAUACAAGCUAUAAGGAAAUCACUUGAGGAAAAGAGAAAGCUGGAAGAAGAGCAAAAAAGGAUCAGAGCAAAGCAGAAACAAAGAGUGAAAAACCUGCAAAAACUUAUAACAACCCGGGCUGAGGCCAAUGACCCACAUCAGAGCCUAGCUCGGAUGUCUAAAUCCAAAUUAAAAAUAAUCAGGCAACAUGAGAAGCAAAGAAUGCAAGAGUAUCUGCGGGAGCGGGAAGAAAUGGAAGAAAGAGUAAACCAGAGGCCAUUGCUUUUGGAAAGAGCCACUCAGAAAAAUGCCAGAAUAGCAGCAGAAAAGCAUUACUCUGAUAUACUGAGAGAACUGGGGAUUUGUGAGGACUUCCUUUCAAAAAAACGUCAAACUGCUAAAAACCAGUCCAAUGCUAAAGGCUUUGGAAGCUGCACUGAAGACAGAGAAAGUCUUAAUGAAGAUAAAGUUCAAGAAAGAGAAUCCUGUGAUGGGGAGAAGGCAAAUCCUCACUAUGACCAAUCCUGUGAGGAGGCGGAAGAGGAGAAAGCAAGCUCAGAGUCUGACCAAUCCUGUGAGGAGGAGGAAGAGGAGGAGGCAAGCUCAGGGUCUCACCAAUCCUGUGAAGAGGAGGAGGCAAGCUCAGAGUCUCACCAAUCCUGUGAGGAGGAGGAGGAGGCAAGCUCUCAGUCUGAUCAUGAUGAUGAGCAUGUUGUGGAAUAUGAGGAUAAGUAUGAAGAUGGUUUAGAAGAAAAACCUAGUAAUGCUGAAGCUAACUGAAAGGAAGGAAAGCAGACUUACUUCUCUUACUGCCUUGGAGCUCAACACACAUUUUAUUGCUGGCAAUGGGUAUACUAAAGAAAAACCUGACUCUUGGUGCUAUGGGCGUUUUGAACUGCAUACAUGUAGGUCUUGUGUGAAUUUCCAUUUGUUAGCAUAAUAUAACUUCUAAUGCUGAAUUUGCUUUUUUUUCCAGUAAGAACAAAUUAUCAUUACUCAUUUCCAUUAGCAGUUGCACUUGUCAGUGUAUGCUUUAUUCUACACUUUCAUUGCAUGAGCGCAUUUCUCUGUUCAGAAAUACUAACCACAGUUUAAAACUCACUUCUGCCAUUCCUGUUGGCUAAUACUUAGGCUUUUACAUUUCCAGCUCUUUGCCUUCAUGCUGACAAAAUAGGGUGGGAAGCAGUCAUCAGGAAGGAGAAACAGGGGCGUUACUCCAUAAGCAAAGAUCUUAGAGCAACAUUACCUCUCAUUUCAGCACUUCUAGGAUCUGCUCAGUUUUAACCAGCCCUGAAUACAUUUUCCCAUUAUGGCAGUGGAAAUUUGGGUGUAACUCUCAUUAAAGAUGAUGAUGGGAGUUUCUUGUGUAAAUCCUCUGGCCAUCAUUGGCCAAGUGGUAGCCAGGGACACCAAAAUGCCAACUUACUAUGCAGCUGGACUGUCCUUGCAACUGCUUAAUGAAUGCUCCUUUUAAUAUAAUUUAUUAAUAGCACCCCGCAUAGUAGGGCUCUUGGGACACUGAACAAGAUAACAAAACCAUGACUAAUAUACAAUAAACACAUAUGGAGCCCCUCAUUAAACUUCUAUGGGACUUUGUAAUGCUAAAAGAAGGGAGGGGGAACGAAUUUGUAGCAUGAACUUCAGAAGCAGUAUUUGUAUUUUUGUUAUACUGUGGAUUAUGUAUUAGAACAAAUGUCUAAUCCAGGGGUAGGCAACCUAUGGCACUUGUGCCGAAGGCGGCAUGCGAGCUGAUUUUCAGUGGCACUCAGACUGCCCAGAUCCUGGCCACUGGUCCAGGGGGGCUCUGCAUUUUA